UUGCGUACAAUACACGUGGAUUUCUGUUAUGUUUAUGUUUUUUCAAAAUUCUAAAAUGAAAAAAAUAGGAUAAAGCUCUGGAUUUGAUCGUUAACUGCCCGAAAAAUUAAAAUGUUCUAUGCUCGUUGUAUAAGUAGAUUGGUCACAACGUUUAAACUCAAACGAAGUUACGUUAUAUUCAAUGAUUUCGUCGGUUUGUCUAGUGUUAGGACUUGUUUUAAUGGGAAAAUAGAUUAUUUUGUGAAAAAUUCUGAUGUUAUUACUCCAAAGGAUGAUGCAGAUUCGUUUGGAACUUUAAAAGAACCUCUGGAACCGUCGCUUCGAGCUGAAACACGAGCUUCACCUGUCACGAGUCUGCUUACUGAAGAUGAUGAGGAAUGCAACGAUGAUGAUGAUGAUGAUGAGUCGGAUGAUAGCGACGAUGAAAUAAAUUUUGUCGAUAGAAAGUCGGCUCAUUAUUAUAUAAGAAGAAUGAAGGAGUUAAAUAAAGAAAAAAAGUUAAAAGAAGCUUUGGAAUUGUAUGCACAUAUGAAGAAGGACAAAGUGUAUCCGAAGAAAUUCAUAUAUACGCAUUUGAUCGGAGCGUGUGGAAGAGCGGGACACACAAAAAUGGCAUUCAAGUUGUUCAAACAGAUGAGAGACCGAGGAAUGGUCCCGUCUCCCGCCACUCUGACUGGACUCUUUAAUGCCUGUGCCGAAUCGCCAUUUCCCAAAGAGGCACUGGAGAAGGCACACGAACUGAGACAGAGAAUAAUCGAGAAGUCGUGGCUACCAAGUACCAUCACCUACCAUGCCAUGAUAAAGGCCUUUGGGAAGUGCGGGGAUCUGAAGACUGCCUUUAUAAUAGUGGAUGAAAUGAAGCGGGAAGGGCAUUCUCUGACGGAAGAAACUUUUUCCUUUCUGCUGAUGAGUUGCAUAUCGGACAGAGAGGCCGGUUUUACUCAUGCUGUUCAGGUGUUUAGAAAAAUGAAAAAAUUCAAAAUUCAACCAAAUAAAUACAGUUACAAUCUCUUGUUGAGAGCUGUCAGAGACUGCGGAGUAGGACCUCCAGAGACUGCCACGCAGCUCUUACUAGACUGGGCUCCUUUGAAAAGAUCCAAAGUGAAAAAACUCAUGGAUGGCAAAAAUAAUUUGGCCCAAAUCGAAGUGAGAGAAGAAUCCAGGGAUUCUUCCAACAUCAUGGUCCAAAUGGAUGCCAUGGAAAGAGAAGAAGGAAUCAUACCCGUGAAAGAAUUACGGCUGACAGAAUUAAAUUUACUAGUCCCCAGGCCCCCGUCUUCUGAUGACAUUCUUGGUCUGGAAAACUUACAGUCAGCUGAAUACAGAUUGCUAGUUAUUGGCGGAGCAGAAGGUGUUCUUUCCAGCAUGGUCUCUCUUGGUGUGAAACCAGAUAUAAAGACGGUCAGCAUCCUGCUUGACUGCAUCCCCUCCACAUCUGAGGCGGAGGAAUCUCUGCUGACAGCCAUCGAAAAAUACAAAAUUAAACCGGAUGUCGACUUCUUUAAUCUUUUGAUCAAAAAAAGACAAUUUAGAAAGGAUUUUAAAAAGGCAUUGGAAGUAUUGGACAUGAUUAGCAAGUAUAAUCUGAAGGUCGAUAUUGUGACAUAUGGCGUCCUGGCUCUCGGCUGUGUGGAGAGAUCCGAAGGCAACAAGCUACUUGCUGACAUGGAGGCAGCAGAUAUUCAACCGUCUGUAGAAAUUAUCGGCGCAUUAGCAAAAUCGGCAGCACUAGCAAAGGAUUUCAGAUACCUUCUGGACGUGAUGAAUGCUAUGAAGAAAUUAGAGAUCAGACCCGAUUCUAAGUUAUUGGAGAAUUUGGAGAAAGCCAGAAAAGUGGCAGAUGAAUUACAGAUUAAAAAUGCCAGAGGUGAAUACAUAAACAAACAACAAUUGCACUGGUGCAAAAUAUUCUGUCUGAACUACAAACCCUGGUUGCGUUCUGUAGAAGUUGAACUACCACAACAUCCAUGGGAUCAAUACAAAGUAAAAAUCUGAUCUGCACGUGUAAAUAAUGUGAUUUUGUUAGUUUCUGUAAAUAAACAAAACCUGUACUAUAUUUAA